AUUUGCAGAAGUCUCCGAUUUACAAAUGCUAAAUCUGGUGUUGCGCUUUCAAACCACGUGAUUGUGGAUUUCAAAGUUGAAGACGAGGAGCAUUGCCAGCUGAAAUGUUACAUGGAGAAGAAUUGCUUCUCUUACAACUAUGGUCCCUCCUUGGCCAGAGUACAUGGCUUCACUUGUGAACUAAACGACGUAGAUGCAUCAUCCCACCCAGAUGAUUUACAACCUCGAGACGGGUUCGUGUAUCAAACAGCUCAGGUAAAUAUCAUCAUUUCUUCAAAUCAAUUUUGAGAAUAGAGGACGAGGGCAGAAGAGUAAAGUUUGGAACUAUGUUUGUCAGGAAUGAAAUCUAACAUUGAAUUUUAUCUCAGUGGACUUUACAUUGUAUAGCCUGCUUUUGCUUAACCUAGCUGUCCUUAAGACUAAGAAAUACAAAUAGAGCGCAGUGAGACAGAAAGGAAGAACAGAGGACGAACUCUUUUCCUCAUGUGGUUUCUGACAGGAAAUGUGUGGUGAUGUUUUCUGCCCUUCAUAUGCUGUUUGCCAACGGGACAGUUCCAAUAGAGAAAGAUGCUUUUGUAAGCCUGGAGUAACUCAAGGGAAUUGUGAAGGUUUGAUUACACUUGUUACAAUUUUUUCAAACAAGCAAACAAAAGCAUAAUGAAAUAUCCAAUCAUUCAAACGGUAUAUCGAUAGAUCACCAAAUAUCGAACGUGUGAUCGCGUUAGACCUCAUCGAUCGAUCGAUCGAUCAAUCAGCCCCCGUCAGCAAAUCCCUUAACCCGUUGACCCCCAAGAAGGAUUUUCAUCCAAUUUUCCCUUACGAUAUUACCGCUGAAUCACACAUUUAGGUUACAAUAAUAAAUGAAAUGAUCACCAGAUAAAGAAGCUCUUGAUCGGUAAAAAAAUCUUUACGUCAGCACCUUAGCUGAUCUACAGAGUUUUAAGUAAGCCCUGAGAUGCGAUCUCUUUAUGAGACACGGUGAUCUAACUAUUGAAUGAAAGUUUACUUUAGGAUGUGAAAAGUAUGCUUAUGAAGCAAUGAACCAAACGCCAAGCCACAAACAAGCAGUCAGUAAAUAAAACAAAAUCGCACUAACAUAUGCUGCAUUCUCCUGUUUCAGCUGUAGGCAUGAAAAACACUACCGCCGUUAAAUCUUGCAUGGAGGUUAAGCGCCUAAUACCUAGUUAUCCAACAGAUGUUUACUGGAUUAACCCAGAUGAGGAUAACCCAAAUGCUUUCCAAGCGUAUUGUGAUAUGGAAACUGAUGGCGGCGGCUGGACUCUUGUUUACAGCUAUACUUUCACUGAUUACAACAAUUUCCUGAGUGACACCAAUGCCGUAACUCCAAUCCCCAACUGGCCUUUCGUGUCGCAAACCUCGUCUUUGACAAAGGUGCCUCUAAGUGAGACAGAUUUUGGAGCUAUGAAUUUCAGUCUUUGGAAAUUAUUGGGAAGUGAAUUUCUUCUCAAAUCCAACAUCAAUAACUGGAUUGCGUGCAUACCGGCUGAAGGUAGUUUGGUUGAAAGACUUAAAGGAGAUAUUACCUGCAGAAUGAUAAACGGUUGGACUAAAAAAUGUGCUGAUGUUGUGCCAGCUAUAAUUGGAAUUAACGAAUGUGGUGUAAAGCUGAGAGCUGACAGGGAUGUACGGAGUUUGGUUUAUUUCUUCGAUAUCUGUACAGGUUCCAUGGCACCCAUCCACGAUCCAUGUGGAACUUCUAAAGCUAAUCAGAUCGAAGGAGUAAAAAACCCUUAUGGAACUAUUUUCGUGCGUUGA